CUGAAUUAAGGUUUAGCACGGGCUUGUACAAUCCAAGGUCGACGCGCAGGAUGAAGUUCGUUGCCCUUGUCAGCGGUGGGAAGGACAGUAUAUACAAUAUUAUGGAAUGUAUUGUACAUGGCCACAGUUUGGUUGCUCUCGUUAACUUAUGUCCUCCUAAAUGUAGUGACAACGAGACUUCAGAAAUCGACAGUUAUAUGUACCAAAGUGUUGGUAGUGAGGCUAUAGGAUACAUUUCUAACGCACUUGAAGUUCCUCUAUAUCAGAUGGAGCUACGCAGAGUGUCCCACUGUAGGCGCAUGUUGUACCGUCAAUGUUCAAACGACGAGGUUGAAGAUCUUUACGAUAUCUUAUGUAGAGUGUUAUCUGAAAUACCUGAUGUGACUGCUGUAUCAAGUGGGGCUAUACUUUCAGACUAUCAGCGAUAUCGUGUCGAGAAUGUAACUCGUAGGCUGGGUUUACGUUCGUUAUGCUUCUUAUGGCAACGGUCUCAAGAAGAACUUUUGGAGGACAUUGUUUCAGCUGGCCUCGAUGCCAUAAUAAUCAAGAUCGCCGCUUUUGGACUAACAGUUGAAGAUUUUCUUGGGGUUCACCUCAGUAGUAUUGCAUAUAAGCUUCGCCAAUUAUCAGUUCCCCCUUGGUCUUUAAAUGUAUGUGGAGAAGGUGGCGAAUUUGAGACACUUACAUUAGACUGCCCAAUUUUUAAUAGUAGAAUUCGAUUACAAUCGGAACCUGAGAUUGUGACACAUUCUAAAGACCCAUUUUCACCCACUGCCUACCUCCGUUUAAGAAAUCUGCUUUUGGAGGCUAAACCAUUGGAUGAGGUUUGCCGAACACCAGAGCAACUUUUAUCUUUAAAAGGAAAACAUAUUAAUGUGGAAAAUACGUCAACACAUGAACGAUCACCGUUUAUCACUCCGUUUGAAAGAUUAAAAAGUAUAAGUUUGAAAACAUGUGAAGAAAUAAAAGGCGAUUUUACUAAUGCUAUGCUUCGGAAAACAAAUAUAAAUGGUAAUAAUGAUAAUCAGAAAUACGAUGAGUGUGACCGGAAAUCAAUAAAUAAUUUUGCUAGAUCAUUAGGUAAUGGGAUGUAUGUUACAUCAAAUUACUAUGGUACUGGUGAAAAAGUAGAUGAAAUAUAUGAAGCUACAGAAGAUGCCUUCAGUCAAAUAAAAAAUGUAUUCGCUUUAAACGAAAUUAAACCUCAGCAGAUUGUGCAAUUCAUUGUCGUUUUAAGUCAACGUUUGUCUCCAGAUGUAUUCAGUAGUUUCAAUGAAGCCUAUACUGGACAGCUAAAUAGGUGGUUGGAAGAAGCAGAGAUUGAUAGUAUUAAUUUAAAAACUGAAUGUAUUGAUUCAUACAUGCCAACGCGUGUAUGCAUUUGUGCGAAUUCUCUUUCAAAUGAGACCGUUCAUUGUUCUGAUGAAGUAUUCAUGAUUAGUCUAUCUGCUAUCGUAUAUUAUGGUAAUACAAACGUGUUUGAAUGGAUUAAUUCUUUACGUGGUCUGUAUGUGCAGUCUAUUUCACACUGGGCUCCAGCUAAUAUUGGACCUUAUAGUCAAGCAAUAGCUGUUCCUAUCACAAAUAUUCAGCUGGAUGACUUUUCUACUUGUGUUGCAGAUUAUUUUACAUUCUAUUCUGGCCAAAUUGGUUUAAUUCCUGAAUUGGAAAUAAUACCAUCAGAAACUGGAUAUUUUUCUGAUCACUUCGAAGCAUUGGAAGUUGAAUCUUGGCUUUCAUUAAGACAUUGUCACCGAAUAAUGAAAUAUAUGGCCCCGUCCAACAUAUGGAUGAAUCUGUUCCUUGGAAUUUGCUACGCCAUUGAUGAAGUUUCGUUGAACCAGGCUCGAAAUUGUUUUCACCAAGCUGUUUGUUUGCAAACAUUGGAUACUACUGAUGCUAUUAGUGAAUGUCAUUGCAAUCAAUGUAUUGUAUGGCUUGUCGUAUCGAAUCUACCUAAAAAUGCCACAGUUGAAUGGCAAUGGAUAACUGGACCAUCAUCACUAUCAUUGGUAAUCACAUCGUUAAAUAAAGUACUAAGCAGGGAAUCAAUUAUCCCUUCGAAUACUUUUAUGCUGUUCUAUCGAUAUGAUGUUAAUCAAUUGAAUGUACGAGAACUAUCCGUUUUGCUCAAUGAUAACUACACAGGAUUUAUGUUACCUGUUGUAAUGUUUGCUGAUCCCUCUGUAACUGCAGUAUUUGUUUCUGUACAGUCUAAAUAAUGUUUACAAUAAACUAAAUGAUUGUUCUUUAUAUUUUCAUAAUCGAGGAUAUUAGAUAAUAGGUAAAACUUAUCCAAAUAAAAACAAUGAAUGAUAAACCAUGUAUCAAGCACAAAUCUGUGUGCUUAGAUUCAAGCGACCAUUUUGAUAUGAUAGCUUGUAUCCAGUUGUAAAAAAUAGAUCUGCUACAUAAUGAUUGUUAGAUGUAAUCGAUAGACGAACUCACCAGUGACAACAUUAAACGUCUACCAUCACAUUAACUCUCUUUGACCUUGCUUGACUAUGCCUUGUUUAUCCACCAAUCAUGAUUUUUAUAAGCAAGAAUGAAUAGUGGCUAGCAGUGGGAUCGUCCUAUUUGGGACUCGUCAGC